GUCACAAUCGCUCACAGAGACUAAAACACCCAUAUACACACCCACAGUUUUGGUCCUCACUAAUGUCUUGGCAACUUAGCGCAACUGAGAUCCCAGUUGUAUGACUGGAUUGAAAGGAGGAAACGAGGUGUCUCUGGUCUGUGGAGGUGGUGUCAAGGCCAGGUUGGGCUUCAGUCAAUUAAUCCACACGAGCAAAGCGAUUGAAACGGGCCCCUCUCUCCUUUCAUCAACAAACAAAAUAAAAAAAAAUAAAAACUCCGCCCGCCAGCCUAAGUUCCGUCUGCCUUCCUUCACACACCUUCUCCGCAAGUCUAGCGGCCGACCCUUCAACCCACUCUGGCAAUUUCUUUCUUCGCCCAUAUCCUUCAAACGCAACUUGGUGCCACGAUUGAACAGCCUGGAAACGGGCCGCGAAAAAUCGCAGAAAAUCAGAAGUCGCUAGCGACCGACACCAUACCGAGAGAAUUUUGGUCAAACCUCCAUCAAAGGCGUAGUGGCCCCGUCGGCUCCCACGUCCAUCGUCACCAUCAUGAACGUUCUGCUCACACCACAACCGACGCCCUUUCCUCACCAAUACGAAACCUCACGACUAUCACCUCCGCGAUCUCUUUCUCCCUACACAAACAUGACUUCCCGCAAGCGAAAGGCCGAAGACAACGAGGGUGACGAGAUGUCAGUGUCGCCACUCAGCUCACCUGCGAUCCCGUCGAGACAGCUUUCCAGACCCUCAAAAAAGAUUAGAGCCGCCGAGGCCUCGGGCCGUCCACUUCCAUUACCUAGGCUACUCGAGACGCUCGAUACGACGCAGCUCCGAACUGUCUUGCAAAAGAUCUGCGAGCGACAUCCGGAUAUUGGACAGGAAGUCGUCAACGGCGCCCCGCGGCCUUCUGUCGUCUCGGCGCUCGGCAUCCUCCGAGAUUAUCAACAAAGGCUACGGACAGCAAUCCCAUACGGCCAAACGAGCUCAGACUAUACCUACUACAGGGUGAAACAGCCGCUCAUGGCGCUCGUGGAUGCCAUCUCAGAUUUCACACCCCAGUUCCUGCCGCCGAUAGAAACCCAAGUCACCGCUUCGCUACAGUAUCUCGACGGAGCCACAAAGGUCGUGCAUGAACUGCCGGAUUGGGACAGCCAGGCUUACCGGCAGCACAAAGACAACGCAUACGACGAGAUCUCGAGGGCGUGGGCCCUAGUCAUCACGGAGGCCUCAAAACGAGGUGGAGGCUUUGUCUUGCACACGGGUGGCUGGGAUCAGAUGCUGGCUAAACACAACCAACAGUCGGGCGGAAGGCUAGGCUCUGCAAUGCAGGCCAUGGCUAGCAACGGCUGGAUUGGCAACAACAAUCCUAGCAACCCGAAUGCAUCGGCAUCAUCGCCGUCCAGCUCCGGAGCCGGAGGCGAUCCAAAUUCUAUCCUCAACCAGCUGGUGAACGGCACAUACGGAAAUCCGGUUCGUGUCGGGCCGUGGUAGCGCAACUGCCCGCCUUGAUUCUCCCAGGCUUAUCUCUGUACAUGUGCCGCAUCGUCUUCACUAGCUACGAAAGUAACGACUACUGGUGUUCACCUGCUUUUUGAUCGGAAAGCAAUUUUUAUCCGCAAUUAGGAAUAGAUUUUCUUUCUUUUUUUUUCUUUUAGGGGUCGGAGUAUUUUAAACUUCGCUAUUCACGACGGCGUUUGCAUUUUCAGUCUUUCUGUGUUUGUUUUUCCACCGGUAUCAUACCGCAAGAUAUCCGUCAUAAUUCUAUAACUGUUUUUUUUUAUGUUUUUAUUCUUCUAUAGCAUACCAUUUCUUUCUUAUUACUGUCACCUUGCAAUUCAUGCUCUGCAUAUGGGAUGUCCUUCCACGAGGAACAUGUCCCGAUAAAAUUACAUUAGUUUCCGCUCGCACAGCUGUCCGCAUCCCAUUCGUUAUUUAAACAUGAACCUGCUAUUUGUUUUUCUCACUGCCGCAUUACUUCCAUUGCUGAAUGUAUUGAACCCUAAUUAUAGGCCCGUCGAGCCAAAGAUAAGUGGUUAACGUGUA